UCAAUUCCUCUGUUUCCUUUUGACGCAAUUAUUUCUCGAAACCAAACAGGAAAAAGAAAAAGAAAAGAAUCUAUAGCUCAUGACGACUAGAAAAACAGCCGUUCAUUUUUCCGUUCUUUGGCAGCUGCCUCUGCUUCUGCUACUAUCAUGUCAGUCGAACUUGACUUAUGCAGCAGGUGGCAAAUGGCAGCUAUUAAUGUCCAACAUUGGCAUUUCAGCCAUGCACAUCCAACUCCUCAACAACGACAGAGUUAUAAUGUACGACCGUACUGACUUUGGCCCAUCCAACAUCUCAUUGCCCGAUGGCAAAUGUCGCAACAACCCUAAUGACCUCGCCUUGAAAGUCGAUUGCACUGCUCACUCUGUCGAGUACGAUGUUUCCACAAACUCUGUGCGUCCCCUCAUGGUCCAGACCGAUGUAUGGUGCUCCUCUGGCUCCGUCAACUCCGACGGUUCUUUGGUCCAAACUGGUGGUUUCAACGACGGUGAACAUAUGGUUAGAGUAGUCAAACCAUGCAGCACUUGUGACUGGCAGGAAAUGGGAAAUAACCUAAUUCAGAGUCGAUGGUAUUCCACCAAUCAUAUUCUUCCCGAUGGAAGGCAAAUUAUCAUUGGUGGUCGUAAGGCUUUUAACUACGAGUUUUAUCCCAAAACUGCUUCAACCAACAACGUAUUUAGCCUACCCUUUCUUCAGCAGACUAAUAAUCCUAGAGAAGAGAACAAUCUUUUCCCGUUUGUUUUUCUCAAUGUGGAUGGAAACCUAUUCAUUUUCGCCAAUGAUCGAGCUAUCUUGUUGGAUUACAAGACCAACACGGUUGUGAAAACAUUCCCACAAAUACCGGGUGGCGACCCAAGAAAUUAUCCAAGUUCGGGUUCUGCAGUUCUUCUUCCAUUAAAGAACUUGAGGUCACAAACGGUCCAAGCUGAGGUUUUGGUGUGUGGUGGAGCACCGAGAGGAUCAUACCCCAAAGCGGACAAAGGUGAAUUUUUGGGUGCAUUAAACACGUGCGGGCGAAUUACAAUUACCGACCCGAAUCCACAGUGGACCAUGGAGACAAUGCCACUAGCUCGAACAAUGGGCGACAUGGUAAUUUUACCAAACGGAAAUGUCUUGAUCAUCAAUGGAGCUGCAUCAGGCACUGCUGGAUGGCAAAUAGCUAGGAACCCGGUCCUGAGUCCAGUAAUUUAUCGACCCGAUAACCCAUCAGAUUCUAGAUUCGAGGUACAAAACCCGAAUGCCAUACCUAGAAUGUACCACUCAACAGCGGUUUUACUUCGAGAUGGUCGGGUUCUUGUUGGUGGUAGUAACCCAAAUGAACUUUACAAUUUCACCGGAGUUCUUUUUCCAACAGAUUUAAGCUUGGAGGCAUUCUCACCAUCCUAUUUGGAUCAAGAAUCUGCUAAUUUGCGACCACGAAUCAUUUCUCCUGCUUCCCAUCUUAAAUACACGUAUGGUCAACGUGUUGACAUUCUAUUUACUGCGUCGGGAUUACUAAAUAGAGAUUUGGUCAAAGUAACGAUGGUUGCACCUGGGUUUAAUACACAUUCAUUUACUAUGAACCAAAGAAUGUUGGUACUUCCAAGAUCUGGAAUGGUAAGACAAGUUGGAAGAUUUGUGUAUCAAAUCAGUUGUGUGUUUCCAAAGUCGGGUAUAUUUGCACCACUAGGUUACUAUCUUCUAUUCGUGGUUCAUCAGGACAUCCCGAGCGAGGCAAUUUGGGUCAGGAUCCAGUAACCAAAUGAUUUGACUCUACAAAUGUCUUUUUUUUUCCUUCAGAAUUUUCUUUUUCUUCGUAGCUAGUGUAUGUGAGGACUUGUUUUGAUAUUUACAAGUUUGUCAUUUUUAUAAUAAGGUCAUUGGAAGUAUCCUUUUCUUA